GACAGCUGGAAAAGAACACUGAAAACACGAUAGUUGGACGCUUCACCAGUGAACAUUCAUUAAAAAACAUGGCUAAUACCACAGAAUCCUCUGGAGAGCUGGUAAAGGCUGAAUUAGAGAUUGUCGAUGACAACUCUAUAUUGAAAGCGGACUUCAUUCAGGAGCUUCUUCCAUCUGCGGAGCGAACGGCUCUCCUUUAUCACCUGGCUUUCCUGAGUCUGGGAGGAUUCCCAAAGCUGGAGCGUCUGAUCAGAGAUCAAGCUAUUGAAACACAACUGCUGUUCGGAUCCUCUGAAGCCCUUCUGCUGAAGUGUGUCGGCACGAGUUCCAACCUGGUCACCUCCCUGUUUCCAAUACUGAAACAAGCUGUGGAGAAGAACAAACCCGUUUUGGCGGUGAGGUACCUGACGAAAGCCAAAGAGUGGAUCACUGACAUCGUAGCACAAGUGGAUGUCAUAGUGAAGAGGUAUGAUCAACACAACCAAAGUGUGAAAACAUGCACCAGUGACGUGUAUCAAGAACAAAAAGAGACUGAAGAAAAAAAAGCGGAAAAAUCUGACGAGAUGAAGGGUCUGAAGGAUGCUCUGACCAAGCUCGGAGAAGAACUGAAAAGAGUAGUCGACACAAUAGAGAUGAAUGAGGAACAAAUUAAAAAAACAACUGACGAGCUGAACGACUUCAUCAGAAGAUUUCGGGAAGAACAUGGCCACUGGACUGUGAAGUUCCUUGACGUUUUUAGAGGCUAUCCAGAUGCUAUGAAGGAGCCUAGUGCCAUCGCUCUGGAUAUAAAACUGAAACAACUCGACUCUGAGAAGAGCCGUCUGAAAAAUGAAGAGUGGAACAUCAAAAUCAAGCAGACUGAUCUUCAGCUGAAGCUGGCCAAUUGUAAAAUCCGAAUGGGUGAGAUCCCCGACCCUGACAAUCUGAAGGAAGUCCAGGUGUGUCUUUCUCAAAUCCAACAAAUUCUGAUUGAGCUGAAAAAGUUUUGGGAGAAGGUGGAUGCUAUUCUGAACACGCUGAAAGAUAAAACCUUUGUUGGGGAGGAACUCGUUGACAUGGAGGACAUGAAGGAUGAGUUUCUGAGCUCCAUUGACGAUGCAGGAAAGUACUGGGAGAAGACUGUUUUAUUAGUGAAUAUGGCACAAGUUCAAUUACAGUCACCUGUGAGAAAGGAUAUGCAAAUGUGUUUGGUAGAAACAUUUUAG